ACUAUCUCAAAGGGAAGCAAGUGCAAUUUACCAACCUCAUUUCCAGCAUUGACUUCAGUUGCAAGACUUUUUCGUCAAGAGUUCCUCCUAUCGUUGAUGAACUUGAGUUAUUGCUCCAAAGACCUAUCUUUCAUGGCAUCGGCCCAGAAUCCACUGCUGCAAGACUUCAUAUUCCCGCCAUAUGAUGUGAUAGAGGCAAAUCACGUCUGCCCUGCACUCCAAUCCUUGCUUAUAAAGCUUGAGAAUGACUUGGUUGAACUGGAAAAAACUGUAGAGCCCACAUGGCCAAAAUUGGUUGUGCCCCUGGAGAAGAUCAUAGACAGGUUAUCAGUUGUUUGGGGGAUAGUGAAUCAUCUUAGUUCUGUGAAGGACUCUCCUGAGUUUAGGGCUGCAAUUGAAGAAAUUCAGCCCAGGAAGGUUGAGUUCCAGCUGAAGUUAAGGCAGAGCAAGCCGAUUUAUGAUGCGUUUAAAGCUCUCAGAGAGUCUUCAGACUGGGAAAAUCUGAGUGAUGCGUGUAAACGAGUAGUUGAGAUAAAGUUAAAAGAAGCUGUUUUGUAUGGAGUUUCUCUUGAAGAUACCAAGAGAGAACGUUUUAAUGAGAUAGAGCAGGAUCUGGAAAAACUUGCUCAAAAAUUUGAACAGAAUAUCUUAGAUGCUACAAAGAAGUUUGAGAAAGUUAUUACAGAUAAGAAAGAAAUUGAAGGUUUGCCUUUGACCACCCUGGCUAUAGCUUCAGAGACAGCGCUUCUCAAGGGAUAUGAGAAGGCGACUACUGAGUAUGGCCCUUGGGUGAUUACCUUGGAUGGGCCGAUUUAUCGCUCUGUCUUGCAACAUGCUCGCAAUAGAUCUUUGCGAGAGGAAGUUUACCGUGCAUAUGUAAGUCGUGCAUCACAUGGACCUCUAAACAAUACACCUAUUAUUGAACGGAUUUUGGAGCUCAGGUUGGAGAAAGCAAAGCUUCUAGGCCACAGUAAUUAUGCUGAGGUCAGCAUGGAAACAAAAAUGGCCACCACUGAUAGAGCAAAGGAUCUUAUAGACAAGCUUCAUAAUGCUUCUUGGGGUCCUGCAAUUCAGGACAUGGAAGACCUUAGAGACUUUGCCAGAGGGCAAGGUGCUGAAGAGGCUAAUGAUUUGAAUCACUGGGAUAUUAACUUCUGGAGUGAACGGCUUCGAGAGUCGAAAUAUGACUUAAAUGAGGAAGAUCUGCGUCCAUAUUUCUCAUUGCCAAAGGUAAUGGAUGGUCUAUUCAACCUAACAAAGAAGCUGUUCGGGAUAGACAUUGAGCCAGCUGAUGGCGCUGCUCCGGUUUGGAAUGCAGACGUCAGCUUCUACAAAGUUAAAGAUUCUUCAAGUACUCCUUUUGCAUACUUUUAUUUUGAUCCGUACAGUCGUCCCUCAGAGAAACGUGGUGGUGCAUGGAUGGAUGUGGUUGUCGGUCGGAGUUGUGUGAUCUCAAGUGACAAUAUCUCUCCCAGGUUGCCAAUUGCACACAUUGUGUGUAAUCAGACUCCACCAACUAGGGACAAGCCAAGUCUCAUGACCAUCCGAGAGGUUGAGGCUGUCUUCCAUGAGUUCGGUCAUGCUCUCCAGCAUAUGCUUACCAAACAAGAUGAGGGUCUUGUAUCUGGCAAUCAGGGGAUAGAAUGGGAUGCUGUUGAAAUAGCUUCUCAAUUUAUGGAGAACUGGUGUUACCAAAGGGACACCAUGUUGAGCUUUGCUAAGCACUAUGAAACUGGAGAAGUUCUUCCAGAAGAUAUAUGCUUAAGAAUUCUUUCAGCAAGGACAUUUAGGGCAGGCUCACAACUGCUUCGUCAGUUGCGUUAUGCCGAUGUUGAUUUGGAACUCCACACAAGUUAUGUGCCAGGCGGACGGGAGUCCAUAUUCAUCAUAGAUCAAAAAACAGGUAAAAAGACUCAUCCAAUUCCGUUACUGCCAGAGGACAGAUUUCUUUGUAGUUUCAGUCAUAUAUUUGCAGAUAAAUACGCAGCCGGAUAUUACAGUUAUCAGUGGGCAGAGGUAUUAUCUGCUGAUGCUUUUUCAGCCUUUGAGGAGGCCGGGUUGGAUAAUGAUCAGUCUCUCAGAGAAAUGGGCUACAAGUUUCAAGAAACCAUUCUUGCUCUUGGUGGUGGAAAGUCGCCGAAUGAGGUUUACCUGGAGUUUCGAGGACGUGAACCUACACCUGAUGCAUUUCUCCGCUACAAUGGCCUGUUGCCAACCAUUGCUGCAUGAUGCCUAGCAUUAGGAUAUUAGUGGUAAGCUUUAAACAUUUAUGUCGUCCUCGUUUUCAGAUUAUUUCUUAAUAUAGUAUCAGCAUCCUAAAGAGUAUUUUUCUUUCAUACUAAUAUCAAAAUUUAAAAACUAUUAGCAUGUAUUUAUGUUAAAGUUUUUCAGACACUUUCGGUGAAUGCGGUAUUGUUUCUAUA